GUCAGCAGACAUGAACAUAAUUGGAUGUUUGGACUUUUGGUGGUACUAAAAUCCGGGAUUGAAAAUAUUUCUCCCAGCCUGUAGAUGGCAGUGUAGUUUCUUUCUCACGCCUUCACUCGUUAAAGAGCAGCGACUAAGAGACCGUCGACCAUGUUGUUAAGAAGCACAACAAAAGACGAGUGGAUUUAAGUGAAUUCAGUCCGUUAAGAAAACAGAGUCGAUAUCGACGUGGUUGAACUCAUUUAUACAGAAGAAAUCGUCAGCAGGCUGAGUGAAAGGUCUGUUUGUAUGACCACACUUAAUAAGGAGACUUACGUACUCGCUGAAAAGCAGGAGCCGGACACUGGAGAGUUGUACGCAAAGAUCUUUCCCUUAAAGACGUUUGUCUCCAGGGAGCACUGCUUUAUGCUGGAUGUUGCAUUGAAUCACCAUCACCAGGGAUUGACUUUUUCUUAUUCUUGGGGACACAAAUAGUGAAAAAGUGACAAAACUGCAAAGGAAAGGUCACCUGAUCCAGCAUAAAUACAUUCAGGACAAAAACAAACGAACCAAAACAGAGAGAUUGAACUUUUCCUGAUUAGAAGAGAAACAUCUUUCACUGUUCUGUUGCAGGACUCGAACCUUCCUCUAACCUGCAGGCGUAUAAUUUUCUAUACUCUGAGCAGGUGUAUAUAUUUAUGCAUAUAAAUGCUUAUUUCUCUUCGUUCGGAAGAGUUUUUGUGUUAAACCUACUUCUGUGACGUCGGUGGCUCUACUUUGAAGAGGUUGCACUGUACAUGUACAUAGAUGUGUAUGUUUGUAAAUGUUGACAAGCUAUUUGAGACUAUAUCAUAAUGUUGUAAAUGUUUUAUUAGAACUUUUAUAGACCAGUUGUGUAAAAAAAAAAAAAAAAAGGCAAAAAGCAGUUAAGAUAACUGGACAACUUUUGGGGACCUUGUACGAAGAAGGAAAAAAAGACAGACGAGACUUGAUGGCUACUGCGAAGAUGGAGAACGUUGGCGCUGUUGUAAUGGGGCUUGGUAAGCAGAACGGACAGCUCAGAGGACUGAGCUCUCAGUCAGGAACCGCCAUUCAGAGCAACCCGUUUGCAAGGGGCCCGAAACCUGCUGCAGACUCACAGGAAGGACCUGGAAUCAGGUUUGGUGAAGACUGGAAAAAGAGCCUGCAGCUUCCACCCAAAGACAACAGAGUGAAAACUUCAGAUGUGACGGCCACAAAGGGAAAUGAGUUUGAAGACUACUGUUUAAAGAGAGAGUUACUCAUGGGGAUCUUUGAAAUGGGCUGGGAGAAACCUUCCCCGGUCCAGGAGGAGAGCAUCCCUAUUGCUCUCUCGGGUCGUGACAUCCUGGCUCGUGCCAAAAACGGAACAGGGAAGAGUGGAGCGUACCUGAUACCCAUGCUGGAGAGGAUAGAUCUGAAGAAAGAAUACAUCCAGGCCUUAGUAAUGGUGCCCACUCGUGAGCUUGCACUACAGGUCAGCCAGAUCAGCAUUCAGCUCAGUAAGCAUCUCCAUGGACUCAAAGUCAUGGCCACCACCGGCGGAACAAACCUACGAGACGACAUCAUGCGUCUGGAUGAAAUCGUCCAUGUUGUCAUUGCUACACCAGGCAGGAUACUGGACCUGAUCAAGAAGGGUGUAGCGAAAGUGGAUAAAGUUCAGAUCAUGGUCAUGGAUGAGGCUGAUAAGCUGCUCUCCCAGGACUUUGUGGUGCUCAUUGAGGACAUCAUCAGCUUCCUGCACAAGAACAGGCAGAUCUUGUUGUAUUCUGCCACCUUUCCUGUCACUGUGCAAAAAUUUAUGGCGAAACAUCUAAAAAAGCCUUACGAGAUAAAUCUGAUGGAAGAGUUGACUCUGAAGGGCAUCACGCAGUACUACGCCUACGUUACUGAGAGGCAGAAGGUGCACUGCCUUAACACGCUGUUCUCCAGGCUGCAAAUCAAUCAGUCCAUCAUCUUCUGUAACUCGACACAGAGAGUGGAGCUGUUGGCUAAGAAAAUUACUCAGCUUGGCUACUCCUGUUUCUACAUCCAUGCCAAGAUGAUGCAGGAGUACAGAAACCGUGUUUUCCAUGACUUCAGAAAUGGGUUGUGCAGAAAUCUGGUCUGUACAGAUUUGUUCACGAGAGGCAUCGACAUCCAGGCAGUGAACGUGGUCAUCAAUUUCGACUUUCCCAGGAACUCAGAGACGUAUCUGCAUCGCAUCGGGCGCUCAGGGAGGUUUGGUCACCUGGGUCUGGCCAUUAACUUGAUCACAGCGGAGGAUCGCUUCAACCUGAAAGCCAUUGAGGACCAGCUGGUGACUGAUAUCAAGCCCAUCCCCGGCAGCAUCGAUAAAAGUCUGUAUGUGGCCGAUUUUCACACAACCAAUGAUGAGGCAGAGGAGCAGGAAACGGCUGAAGAACCUUAAAGAACCUUAAAGAACUGGACAAGUCAGUGCCACAAUGAAGCUGUGUGGAGAUGGAUGGAUGGAUUUGGGUUGUGUGUGUGUGCAGGCACGUGUGCGUGCCUAAUAUUAGUGAAAUCCUUCACACUUUUACUUAAGCUGUAUGAAACUCUGUUCUGUUGCUCUUUUUUUCUCUGUAGGCUUUAAACAUUACAUUAUAGAUGCUCUCCUCAGGACAAACCUGGCUUUGCACAAAUAUCAGCUUAAGCGCGUGCGCACACAUACACACGUGCGCACGCACGCGCACACACACACACACACACACACACACACACAAGCAGUUGGGCCUUGAUUGUUCACUGGUAUUUUUGUGUUUUCUUUCUAAAAUUCUUUAAGGAUUGUAUCACUGACUGAGCCGAACACGUAUUAUGCUUUGCACCAGAAAAAAAGACCUAUAAAGAACAAAACCUACAUUCCUGCGUUCACUUAAGAAGUUAAAAAAAAAAAUCUUAAACACACUUUUUUUUUGUCCCUCCCUUUUUUCCUUCCCCACACAGUGUGGAGUGGAUAUUUAGCAUAAUUAAGAUUUGAAGGAUUUUCAUAUCAAACAAGAAUCUUAUAAAUACUGCAAAAUGCAUCGUUUGCAAAGUUCACUCAAGGAAUAUAAGCGUGAAGGCCACAACCUUCAGAAGCUCUCUCUCUAUCUCAAUCUCUCUCUCUCGAUCUCUCCCUCUCUUUCUCACUGAAGUACAGAAGCUUUCUCUCUCUUUCUCACUGAAGUGCCUUACUGCAUUAGAUGCAACAGUUUAGUUUGUAGAGAUUGCAUUGAAGCCGUAGUGGUGGUAAUACACCAUUACAGAUGCAUCGUUUCCACAUCUGCUCCAUCAUGCAUCAAGGGACAACGUAAUGAGUUUUUGGCGUCUUCCUGGGCUAUGAAGAAAUACAGCAAAUCUCAAGAAACUGGGGAGAGAAAAAAGAUCCGGCGCUCAGAAUGUUGACGAGAAGCUGCGCCAUAAAUAAUCUCAAAUUAUUAUUAUUAUUAUUAUUAUUAUUAUUAUUAUUAUUUUAAAGGCUCCGAAGGAAACUUGUUCAUCGUUGCAAUAAGUCAUGGCAGCUAAAAAUAUCUUUUAAUGUUUCUAUUUUCUAAUUUAAAAAAAAUUAUUAAAACAUUCCUAGACUAGGUCGAUUAAUGUUGGUUUAUGGGGGGGGGGGGUUUGACUAAUUUGCAGGUCAUUUUGAGGUUUAUUCUCUCUUUAAUAAAAGACACUUUUUUUGUGCAAAGCAUCAAAACCGUAAUAUGUUUCUUUUAAGUCUGUUGCCAGGUUAAUAAUAAUAAUAAUGCUAAUAAUAAUAAACUUGCUCUUUACCGGAUAACUGGGUAGGAGCGAAUGUAUAAAAACAUAUUUGUUGUAAAUGACUCAACAAAUGUGUUUGAGCGGCUCUCCUUGAUCUCAUGCGGCGCUUUUCCUCGGUUGAAGAUAGAAAACAAACUGUAGCACCUUUUAAUAUUGUGGCAGCUGUGAUCAUUUCAUGCUUUAAAUACUCAUUUCCUCUAAAUCCCCCAACCCUUGAUGUGCGAUAACGCCAUAGUUGUGUGCAGCGUCGUGUCCUUUACUGCUGAACCCAGAAUACAGUGUCGGCUCUGAACACCCAGCCUGGUCACUUACACAGUGACACGAUCUGUUCAGGGCUUUGUUGUACAUCAGAGUUUUAAUAAAACCCACCCUGGUGUUGGUUCUCCCCUCUGUAGUAGUGUGUCCUGUAACUGUCAGGGGGGAAAGGGCUUCUUUUUCCGUGUGUGUGUGUGUGUGUGUGUGUGUGUGUGUGUGUGUGUGUGUGUGUGUGUGUGUGUGUGUGUGUGUGU